ACACUUUCCCUGUUUCGCAUCACCUGCUUCAUGCUCAACCGGCUUCUAGAGCAAACAGGGUCCCGUAUGUUUUGCUGGCUCUUGGUUUUUUUAAUUUUUUUUUAUUCCUUCUUCAGCAUCAAUCACAUGCAUGCGUCCUAGCACAACCAAACCCUAAUGUCUUGUCCUAAAAAAGCAUUCUUAUCGAUUCUCAAAAAAAAAAGCGUUCUUAUCUACUGUAUGUCUAUAAUCCUUAUAUCACUCCAAGGUGAGAAACUAAACUAAACUAAAAGGCAUAAAUGGAAAAACAGAGAAGUUUCUCCUUUAAACCCACAAGACUAUUGGUCUUUUCUUUCACUAUCUCUACCUCUGUCAUCUUCUUCACCUUUUUUACCCUUUGGGUCAUCAAAGCCACCCCUUCAUUUCGCCAAGAGAUCCAUUUCCAGUACAAUAAAUCCUCCCUCAGUUUGGGUCUCAGACCCGUAACUGUUCAGUCUUUAUCUUCUCUCAGAGGAAAUUUUUCAGUAACUGGUGAGAAAGAUUCAACUUUGAUAGAUACCCAUUAUAGUAGUCUUGAAAAUGCCUCUGGGUUUGCUUCGACUUCGGUUUUUAGUGGGUUACAGAGAGAGGAAGAUGGGCCUGGAGUUCUAGUAGAUGGAGAAAGCAAAAGUGAUGGUGUAGAUGGUAAUUUGACAACACUGCAAGAGAGUAUACCUGAGACUAUUUCUGAGAAAAUUGAAGUUCCAAGUAGUCAGAUGAGUGAAGAGAAGAGCACUGUUGCAAUUUCAUCUGAUAACAAUGGAGUUUCAAUUAGAGAGAAGGUUGGACUGAAGAGAGUAAAAGAUUGUGAUUUGACAAAAGGGAGGUGGGUUUAUGAUGAGAGCUAUCCUUUGUACACAAAUGGUUCAUGUCCUUUCAUAGAUGAAGGUUUUAACUGUGAGGGUAAUGGAAGAUUGGACAAAAACUACAUGAAGUGGAGAUGGCAACCGCACGAUUGUGAAAUUCCAAGGUUCAAUGCAACAAAAAUGCUGGAAUUGAUAAGAGGGAAGAGGCUAGUUUUUGUGGGCGAUUCGAUCAAUAGGAAUCAAUGGGAAUCCAUGCUGUGUAUGCUAAUGGGAGCUAUUAAAGAUCCAAAGAGGGUCUAUGAGACCCGUAGGCGGAGAAUUACCAAAGAGAAGGGAGAUUAUAGUAUCAAAUUUAUGGAUUAUAGGUGUACGGUUGAAUACUAUGCGACACAUUUUUUAGUUCAUGAGGCCAAGGCUAGAUUAGGCCAUAAGAGGAUACAGACCUUGAGAAUUGAUAGUAUCGAUCGUGGUACAUCCAGAUGGAGAGGAGCUGAUAUAUUGGUUUUCAAUACUGCACAUUGGUGGACACAUUACAAAACAAAAACAGGGAUCAAUUACUACCAGGAAGGGAAUCAAGUUCAUCCUAGGCUUGAUGUUUCAACGGCUUUUAGGAGAGCUCUGAUGACUUGGGCAUCAUGGGUUGAUAGGCACAUCAAUCCUCGAAAAACCCAAGUUUUUUUUCGAAGUUCGGCACCUUCACAUUUCAGGGGAGGUGAAUGGAAUUCAGGUGGGCAUUGUAUGGAAGCUACUCAACCUCUCAAUGGAACUCCAAGCAUCAGUUAUUCAGAGAAGAAUAUUAUUGUAGAGGAGGUCAUAAAGAAUAUGAAAACUCCUGUUACUUUCUUGGAUAUUACUAAUUUGUCAGGAUAUAGGAUAGAUGGCCAUCCAUCUAUAUAUGGAGGAAAAUCAGGGAAGCGCUCCUCUUCAAACAUUCAAGAUUGCAGUCAUUGGUGUCUUCCGGGUGUUCCUGAUACAUGGAAUGAGAUUUUGUAUUUUCUUUUGCAAUCUAAUCGAUACUAAACCUAUCUUUAUUUCUUACAAUUUUUUACCCGUCUGGUCUUUGUUGGCUAGCUUGUAUAUUUUAUGUAUUUUUUAAAAUUCUUCUGAGGUGUAUUGUAGAAAUGCAAACUGUCUUCCUUGAGAUUCAUGUUAUUGGAACAACGAAAAUAUCAUCAUUAUAUAUA